AUGGAGUCAGAUGAGACAUCAAAGGGUGAAGAUAAGUGGUCUGAUUCAACUUCACUCGACAACCUUCGACUCCCUCAACGGCCUUCCACUCACCGCCGGCGACCUCGACUCCCCCGACAGCAAAUCUACUUCACCCAGCCGGCGAUCUUCGAGUUGUUCCCCCGAACGCACAAAGAUCCUUUCCUCUCUACAGAGCUAGCAAGAGAGACUAUUGGUAGGGUUGCUGCAGGAGCUAUUGCAAAGAAGAUUCUUAAGGUGUAUGCAGGAACUGAGAUUUUGGCAUAUGUUUCUCAAGUUCAUAAAGUUGUGCUUCCUGAAGGUGUUGUUGAUUAUGAGACAGUGACCCUUGAUCAAAUUGAGAAUAACAUCGUCAGAUGUCCGGAUCCAGAUUAUGCUCAAAAGAUGAUUGAAGCCAUUGAUGAAGUUCGAGUUAAGGGAGACUCUGUUGGAGGCAUAGUGACAUGCAUUGCUCGAAAUGUUCCACGAGGGCUUGGAUGUCCAAUCUUUGAUAAAUUGGAAGCUGAUUUGGCAAAAGCUAUGUUGUCUCUCUCUGCAAUGAAGGGAUUUGAAAUUGGCAGUGGUUUUGUAGGAACUUUUUUGACUGGAAGUGAGCAUAACGAUGAGUUCUUCAUGGAUGAGCAUGGCAAUAUGCGGACACGAACAAACCGGUCUGGGGGUGUACAGGGAGGAAUAUCAAAUGGAGAAACCAUUUACUUGAGAAUAGCUUAUAAGGCAACUUCUACUAUUGUGGGGAAAAAAUGUAACUUGGCUGUGAAACAACGUGAAAAUAUGGUGGCGUAUGACACAAUACUAUCAGAAGGAGGCCCAAAUAUACUGAUUCAUCAUGUUCCACUUGGGGAAAGAAAUUUUAAGGUAUCUAUUGAUGUUGUCUUAGAUGAAGAAGCAGAGCUUCCAAUCCCAAUUUGGUCUGGAUUUCAAGGUAUCAUGAUGAAGUCAGAAGUGAAUGGAGCGAAUUCGUCUAUUUCUAUGUGGGUGCCUAAGUGUAGGCUAUGAUAUAAAUUUUAGAUUGUAUUUAGAGAUUUAUGGAUACAAAA